AUGCCUGCAAACGCCUGCACACACCUGCACACGCCUGCACACGCCUGCACACACCCGCACCCUCCUGCACACGCCUGCCUGCACCUGCACACGCCUGCACACGCCUGCACACACCCGCACCCUCCUGCACACGCCUGCCUGCACCUGCACACGCCUGCACACGCCUGCACACACCCGCACCCUCCUGCACACGCCUGCCUGCACCUGCACACGCCUGCACACGCCUGCACACACCCGCACCCUCCUGCACACGCCUGCCUGCACCUGCACACGCCUGCACACGCCUGCACACACCCGCACCCUCCUGCACACGCCUGCCUGCACCUGCACACGCCUGCACACGCCUGCACACACCCGCACCCUCCUGCACACGCCUGCCUGCACCUGCACACGCCUGCACACGCCUGCACACACCCGCACCCUCCUGCACACGCCUGCCUGCACCUGCACACGCCUGCACACGCCUGCACACACCCGCACCCUCCUGCACACGCCUGCCUGCACCUGCACACGCCUGCACACGCCUGCACACACCCGCACCCUCCUGCACACGCCUGCCUGCACCUGCACACGCCUGCACACGCCUGCACACACCCGCACCCUCCUGCACACGCCUGCCUGCACCUGCACACGCCUGCACACGCCUGCACACACCCGCACCCUCCUGCACACGCCUGCCUGCACCUGCACACGCCUGCACACGCCUGCACACACCCGCACCCUCCUGCACACGCCUGCCUGCACCUGCACACGCCUGCACACGCCUGCACACACCCGCACCCUCCUGCACACGCCUGCCUGCACCUGCACACGCCUGCACACGCCUGCACACACCCGCACCCUCCUGCACACGCCUGCCUGCACCUGCACACGCCUGCACACGCCUGCACACACCCGCACCCUCCUGCACACGCCUGCCUGCACCUGCACACGCCUGCACACGCCUGCACACACCCGCACCCUCCUGCACACGCCUGCCUGCACCUGCACACGCCUGCACACGCCUGCACACACCCGCACCCUCCUGCACACGCCUGCCUGCACCUGCACACGCCUGCACACGCCUGCACACACCCGCACCCUCCUGCACACGCCUGCCUGCACCUGCACACGCCUGCACACGCCUGCACACACCCGCACCCUCCUGCACACGCCUGCCUGCACCUGCACACGCCUGCACACGCCUGCACACACCCGCACCCUCCUGCACACGCCUGCCUGCACCUGCACACGCCUGCACACGCCUGCACACACCCGCACCCUCCUGCACACGCCUGCCUGCACCUGCACACGCCUGCACACGCCUGCACACACCCGCACCCUCCUGCACACGCCUGCCUGCACCUGCACACGCCUGCACACGCCUGCACACACCCGCACCCUCCUGCACACGCCUGCCUGCACCUGCACACGCCUGCACACGCCUGCACACACCCGCACCCUCCUGCACACGCCUGCCUGCACCUGCACACGCCUGCACACGCCUGCACACACCCGCACCCUCCUGCACACGCCUGCCUGCACCUGCACACGCCUGCACACGCCUGCACACACCCGCACCCUCCUGCACACGCCUGCCUGCACCUGCACACGCCUGCACACGCCUGCACACACCCGCACCCUCCUGCACACGCCUGCCUGCACCUGCACACGCCUGCACACGCCUGCACACACCCGCACCCUCCUGCACACGCCUGCCUGCACCUGCACACGCCUGCACACGCCUGCACACACCCGCACCCUCCUGCACACGCCUGCCUGCACCUGCACACGCCUGCACACGCCUGCACACACCCGCACCCUCCUGCACACGCCUGCCUGCACCUGCACACGCCUGCACACGCCUGCACACACCCGCACCCUCCUGCACACGCCUGCCUGCACCUGCACACGCCUGCACACGCCUGCACACACCCGCACCCUCCUGCACACGCCUGCCUGCACCUGCACACGCCUGCACACGCCUGCACACACCCGCACCCUCCUGCACACGCCUGCCUGCACCUGCACACGCCUGCACACGCCUGCACACACCCGCACACACCCGCACACACCUGCACACUCCUGCACACUCUCACCAUGCCCAUCCUUUGA